CGAUAGUUGUACAUGUGAUUUUCUGUCAAUUCUUUAUGCCAAAUUUUUAAAAAAUCGGAAUUAUUUUCUGUAAUUAAUUGAAAAAAAUGGAUCUUUAUGAUGAAUUCGGCAACUAUAUUGGGCCAGAAUCAGAAUCAGAUAGUGAAGAUGAAGGGAAUGAUUAUUCUCAAUUCAAUGUUCAAGAUGACGAUGAUGAUGAUGGGACUGAUGAUAUUGAUCAGAAUAAUGAAUUGAUGACAAUCGAUAAAAAUAAUGAAGAUGAUGAUGAUGAACAAAUGCAAGUUGUAUUGCAUGAAGACAAAAAGUAUUAUCCCACUGCCGAAGAAGUUUAUGGACAAGAAGUUGAAACGAUUGUUCAGGAGGAAGAUACACAACCAUUGACAAAACCGAUUAUAGAUCCCGUCAAGAAUAAAAAAUUCAGCUAUCAGAUGAAAGAAUUGCCUUUGACGACUUAUGAUUUAGAAUAUAUGACCGAUUUGAUGGAUAAUCCUAAUCUGAUUCGUAAUGUUGCUUUUAUUGGUCAUCUUCAUCAUGGUAAAACAACUUUUGUCGAUUGUAUUAUCGAACAAACGCAUCCCGAAUUAAGGAAUCGAAAAGAGGAUAAGCCGUUUCGUUACACCGACAUUCUUUAUACGGAACAAGAACGUGGAGUUAGCAUAAAAUCUACUCCAAUCACUGUGGUCAUGCAAGAUCUCAAAUCCAAAUCCUAUUUAAUGAAUUUUUUUGAUACACCUGGUCAUGUUAAUUUUUCGGACGAAGUAACCGCAGCUAUUCGACUUUGUGAUGGUGUUAUUCUAUUUGUCGAUGCUGCUGAAGGUGUGAUGCUCAAUACGGAACGUUUAUUAAAGCAUGCAUUGCAGGAAAAUCUUACCAUAGCGGUUUGUAUAAACAAAAUGGAUCGUCUUAUGUUGGAAUUGAAACUUCCACCUCAAGAUGCCUAUUAUAAAAUUCGUCAUAUUUUAGAUGAAAUCAAUGGCAUUAUUAAAACACACUGCAAUUCAUCUGAACCACCAUUGAUAUCGCCUCUUUUAAACAAUGUUUGUUUUGCCAGUUCACAAUAUAAUAUCUGUUUCACUUUAAAAUCUUUCGCUCAAUUAUACGCUUCUUAUUAUCCUGGAGUGGAUUAUCCGGAAUUCGCCAAACGACUUUGGGGUGAUAUCUAUUUCAACCGUACAAGCCGAAAGUUUGUGAAAAAAGCUCCUACAGGACAAACUCAACGAACUUUUAUUGAAUUCAUUUUAGAACCAUUGUAUAAAAUUAUAUCUCAAGUCAUUGGUGAUGCUGACGAAAAUUUGGCCAAAGUUCUUGACGAACUUGGUAUUAUAGUUUCGAAAAGCGAAAUGAAACUUAAUAUAAGGCCGCUACUGAAAUUGAUUUGUUCACGUUUUUUUGGCGAUUUCAAUUGUCUGAUUGAUAUAUGUGUAAAUGUAAUUCCUUCUCCUGUUGAAAAUGCCCUUAAGAAAGUUCAACAUAUUUGGAAAGGUCCAAUAGAAUCUCCAUUAGCAGAAUCUAUGAUCGAAUGCGAUCAAAAAGGACCAUUGGUUGUACAUACAACUAAACAAUAUUCUUCGCAAGACGGCACAGCUUUUAAUGUAUUCGGACUUGUUCUCAGUGGAACACUUGAGGCAAAACAAAGCGUUAAAAUUCUUGGUGAAAAUUACUCAUCAUUCGAUGAGGAAGAUUCACGAAUUAUGUCAGUGGGAAAACUUUGGAUUUCAGAAGGUCGAUAUACAAUCGAAGUAAAUCGAGUUCCCGCGGGUAAUUGGGUUCUGAUUGAAGGAAUCGAUCAGCCUAUAUCGAAAACUUCAACCAUAGUAGAUGCUAGAUUUGACGAUGAACUUUUUAUUUUCAACCCACUGAAGUUCAACACUCAAUCAGUUAUUAAGAUUGCUGUCGAACCCGUUGUCCCAUCGGAAUUGCCAAAAAUGCUAGAAGGUUUGAGAAAAUGUAAUAAAUCAUAUCCAUUGUUGGGAACUCGUGUAGAAGAAAGUGGGGAACAUAUUAUUCUUGGAACAGGAGAGUUGUAUCUGGAUUGUGUAAUGCAUGAUCUGCGCAAAAUGUAUUCCGAAAUCGAUAUUAAAGUUGCCGACCCUGUCGUAUCCUUUUGUGAAACGGUUGUAGAAACUUCACAAAUUAAAUGCUUUGCCGAAACUUCAAAUAAAAAGAAUAAAAUAAUGAUGAUUGCUGAACCACUUGAAAAAGGGUUAGCUGAAGAUAUUGAAAAUGAAGUUGUACAGAUCGGUUGGAACCGUAAAAAAUUGGGAGAAUUUUUUCAGACUAAAUAUGAUUGGGAUAUUCUUGCCGCACGUUCAAUAUGGGCUUUCGGCCCAAGUAAUACCGGGCCAAAUAUAUUGGUCGAUGAUACAUUACCAUCUGAAGUGGAUAAAAGUUUGUUGAAUACUGUACGCGAUUCUAUUGUUCAAGGCUUUCAAUGGGCAUCAAGAGAAGGACCAUUAUGUGAAGAACCGAUUCGAAAUGUUAAAUUUAAAAUUCUCGAUGCUAUUAUCAGUCCGGAACCAGCUGCCAGAGGAGGUGGACAAAUCAUUCCAACUGCUCGUAGGGUUGCUUAUUCCUCUUUUCUGAUGGCAACACCGCGACUCAUGGAACCAUAUUAUUUUGUUGAAGCUUUAGCACCAGCAGAUUGUGUAUCAGCCGUUUAUACAGUUUUAGCAAAACGUCGUGGCCAUAUAACUCAAGAUGUUCCGGUUCCAGGUUCCCCAUUAUACACUGUAAAAGCUUUUAUUCCUGCAAUCGAUUCUUUUGGAUUCGAAACAGAUCUACGAACUCACACACAAGGUCAAGCAUUUUGUUUGUCAGUAUUUCAUCAUUGGCAGAUUGUUCCUGGCGAUCCAUUGGACAAAUCAAUUGUUAUAAGACCAUUGGAACCACAACCUGCUCCACAUUUAGCCAGAGAAUUUAUGAUAAAAACUCGUCGCCGUAAAGGAUUAUCCGAAGAUGUUAGUAUCAACAAAUUUUUCGAUGAUCCAAUGCUACUCGAAUUGGCUAAACAAGAUGUUCUACUAUCUUAAUUGAUUGAAAAUUUUUCACAUGUUUGAUACAUAUUAUUAUUAUUCAUUAUUUCAUAAAUAUCAAAAGGCACAUUAUCAAAAAAAAAAAAAAUAUUCAAAUAAAUCACAUGUAUCAAGACAACACAUAUUAAUAAACACACUUUCAUUUUUCUUCGGGUUACAUU